UAUUAUGACACAGCGGUGUUCCGCGAAAUUGUUUCUUGGAGUUGAGAGAACUGACUGUUGCUCACUGUAAAAUAGGACAAGUGGACGCCGGAGUGCAAGCUCAGAGACCGGUGGAACAUACGUCUCAGGAGCACAGUAGCUUAAAGGAGGGAAGAAAAGAGCACGACUAAAGAAGAAGAACAGGAAAGGAGCACAACUGUUAUCUCUCUUGAGGCGGCGUUCAUUUGUCCGCCCAGCAUCCUCCAGAAGAAAACGUUCCGUCUUUUUCGAGACAGGGACUGAGGCCGGCACGUGUGGAUCAUUAGCCACGUUUCCAAGGAGGACUGCGGUCUGACCACGACUCUUCGGAUUGUUUUCCAGACUCCAACUCUGCGCAGACUGCCUGCACUCCACCCAGAUCUGCUCCAGCGAUGUCGGAGGCUGAGGUCUCUGUGGACUGCGUCCCCACUUGUCCUCUGGAGAGGACAGAGGACGUAUUUAAAGACAGCCAAGAAAACGGCACUUUACUGAUGGUGGCGAUGAUUUUACUGGACUUAAAGAAAUGCGGUCCAGACGCAGGAGACGGCAGAUGUCUCGGCGGUGCCAUGGAAGCGGGAAGGCAGGAGAAAGAGGAGCGGGGGAGCAGUCGGGUGUCUCCGGUUCUCAAAAAGCCCCGGAACAAGGCGCCGGGCAGAACGGAGACCCCCGAGAAGAAGCACGGCUGCCCCUUUGCCGGGUGUGGGAAAAUGUACGGGAAGUCGUCCCACCUCAAAGCCCACCUCAGGGUCCACACCGGGGAACGUCCCUUCAAAUGCACCUGGCCAGACUGCAGUAAGAAGUUCUCCAGAUCGGACGAGCUCACACGCCACUACCGCACGCACACGGGCGAGAAGCGCUUCAACUGUCCGCUGUGUGAAAAGUGCUUCAUGAGGAGCGACCACCUGACCAAACACGCCCGGCGACACGCGGGCUUCCAUCCCAGCAUGCUGCAGGGCUCCAGUAUUGCCAAGAGACGCCGCUGCUCCACCUCCAUAUCCUCCUCCGACUCUGGGGACCAAAGUCCUGCAGGAAUCUGAAACACCUACUGUCCAUGAUUGGUUUUAUAUAUAUAUAUAU